ACUCCGUCGUCGUCCAACACAGGCUUUACAGAAAGUUGAAAACUUGAAGUGCUAGAAUUCAUUUCCAAAGUACUUUCAACUGUCUCUCUCAGCUUCAAGACCAAGGUAAUCAAUUUCUCGAACCAUUACUUUCUCCUACAACUAUGGCGAUCGAGAUUUCGAAUCGGAAGUGCUAGGGUUUUGAUAGGGUUUAAGCUUUUCUCCAAAAUCAAAUCUUUAAUCUUUAAUUUGAUUAAAGCUUGAACUUUCCCUAGCAGAAAUGGCGUAUCGGCGGAGCCUCUCGACAAGAGCGACGAUCACGGCCCGGCAGUGCCACCCAUCAGUCGGUCACCUUGUCCACGACGACGAUCGGAAGCAAAAUCCGGUUUCCGAAAGCGUUUCUUCGCAGAAUUGGAAUAGUCUUCUCCAAAAGAGGCUUUUCGGUAAUGAAGUUGGUAAAUUAGGGCUCGGAUUUUCUCAAGAUAGGAGGUUCUCGAGCGCUUUGGCUUCCCCGAGCAACUCCAGUUUCGCUUUCUGCCGUUACAUGUCAACGACGAUAGGCGAAGAUUCGGAUAAGUUUGGGAUUAUGAGCGAUGUUGCGGAGGUGAUCAGUGAUUCGACCGUGCAAGCGGUGGCUUCGCAGGUGCCUCAGGUGAACGAAGUUGCCAUUGCUGCUGCGGAUUCUUUCUUGCCUGUUAAGUUGUUGCAGUAUCUCAUCGAGGGGGUUCAUACUUUUGUGGGCGUCGAUUGGUGGCUUGCAAUAGCUUUAACAACUCUUUUGAUUCGAACGUCCACAGUUCCACUUCUAAUAAAUCAACUUAAAUCUACCUCAAAGCUUUCUCUCAUGAGGCCUCGCUUAGAGGAGAUUAAGAGGCAGAUAGAUGAAGGGGCUGUAAAUCAGAUUGAAGGUCAAAGGCAAAUGUCGGAUCUUUUUAAGGAGUAUGGUGUUACUCCCUUUACUCCACUCAAGGGACUCUUCAUUCAAGGUCCUAUCUUCAUUAGUUUCUUCCUUGCGGUAUCAAAUAUGGCAGAAAAAGUGCCAUCCUUCAAAACUGGUGGAGCCUACUGGUUCGUUGAUCUCACGACACCGGAUGCUUUAUACAUUUUUCCAGUUUUGACAGCUUUGACAUUUUUAAUAACAGUAGAGUGCAAUAUGCAAGAAGGAUUGGAAGGAAAUCCUGUUGCUGCAACCAUGAAAAACGUUUCAAGGGGCAUUGCAGUUCUCACAGUUCCAUUCACCAUGAGUUUUCCGAAGGCUAUAUUUUGUUACUGGAUAACAUCCAAUUUGUUUUCUCUCGUGUAUGGACUUGCGCUAAAGAAACCUCAGGUAAAGAAGUUUCUGGGAAUCCCUGAAAUACCAGUUACGCAGCCUAGUACCACUCAACAGCCUAGCUUUAAAUCAUUGUUUUCCGCAUUGAAACAACGUACGACAGUGACACAGGAGAAUACCUCAUCACCUGCUCAAUCAUUCAAGCUUACAGACCGAAAAAUAUCUUCAUCUGCAGUUGUCAGUCAGAGGCUUAGAAGUUUAGAGAAGCAAGUAAAGGGAAGAAAGAAAAACAAAAAGAAUUAGGUAGCAAGAGUCUUUGCCAUUUUGAGAAAAUAUUCAAGAUUAUAUCUGGAGAUUUUGCAGAUGUCAUUACAUUUUGCUGUAAUAUUCUUUCAAUCCUAACGAUGAGGUUUAAAUUAAUUGACGAGUUCAAAGGAAGGAGAAAGAUGUCCUAAUAAGUUAGAUCAAUACGAGAUUGCUCGUAAUUUUGGUAAAGAUGGAAUUUUGUAAACGUCUAUAUUGUUUUUGAUAAAUCUAAUCUUUUUAU